UCCAGACCCAUGCAAGAUGGCAGCGCGACACGAUCUGAGGUGGCCGCGCUUGUUACUGUGGAGCUUGUGGCGGGGUCGGGGGCCCCCGCAAAGCCGGGUGUCCUGCCACAGCUUAGAAGCGAGGACUUACUCCCGGGGCGACGGCCCGUACUCGCGCACGGCGCUGUAUGAGCUGCUCGGCGUCCCGCCCACGGCGACGCAGGCGCAAAUCAAGGCCGCCUACUACCGGCAAAGCUUCCUCUACCACCCGGACCGCAACGCGGGGAGCGCCGAGGCCGCCGAGCGCUUCACGCGUAUCUCCCAGGCCUACGUGGUGCUGGGCAGCGCCACCCUGCGCCGCAAGUAUGACCGCGGCCUGCUCAGCGACAUGGACCUGGGCGCCGACCGCACGAUGUUCAACUUUGACGCCUUCUACCAGGCGCACUACGGGGAGCAGCUGGAGCGGGAGCGCCGCCUGCGGGCCCGGCGGGAGGCCCUGCGCAAGCAGCAGGAGGAUCGAGCCAAGAAGGGCUUGAGCUGGGACGAGAUCCGAGACACGACUUUAGUCGUCCUUCUCCUCGCCGUCUUCAUCGUCAUAGGCAUUCGUUCUUAAUCGCGGGAGAAGGGGAGGGGAGCAGCCCCCCAGCCCGACCCCAGAAAACGGCCUUUCCCGUCUUGAACCCUUCGCUUUCCACAGUCUACCUCUGCUGGGG